UAGCCGCCAGCUGUGAUGUUUGGUUUUCAAGUUAGAAAUAAUAAUGCCGCUGCUUCCCCAAGGGCAGCAGCUUCUCCAAGUACAGCAGCUGUUGGGGAGAUUGAUACCAAGGCACCGUUUGAAUCUGUUAAGGCUGCUGUUACUUUAUUUGUUGAAGCAUCGCCCAAAGCCGACAGGCCUGUUCUCAAGAAAUCCAGAGCUAUUAUGGAAGAGAGUGUGUUGGGGAAAGAGACGCAACUUCAUUGGGUACUCAAAGAGAUUGACAAGUAUAAAGAGCAUGUGAAAACUGCAGAAUCUACAAAGGGACAAGCACUUGAAGAGCUCAAAAACUCCAGUAAGACAUUGCAGGAGCUAACCAGCAAGCUAGAGGCAGCAAGUAAAUCAAAACAAGCAUCAACCGAGUCUACAAAGGCUGCAGAGACCCGAUCUGAACAACAAAAAUCAACGAAAAGCCACGAAGCUUGGCAAGAAAGUGUUGACAACGAAAGAAACCUGUAUAAAGCGGCGGCUAAUGAACUCAUUUUUGUCAAACAACAAUUAAAUAACCUUAAACAAGAUUUUGACAUUGCCUUGGAAGCAAAAUUGUCUUCUUUUCAGUAUGCUACAGAAGCCCAACAUUCUGCAAAACUCAACCAUAAGAAAAAAAAUGAGCUUGCCCAGGAUUUUGACCACAUGAGUCAAACCCUUGAGCGCGUGAAACUUGCAUCUGCAAAAGCCGAGGAAGCUAAUGUCAAGCUUAUGGAAGAAAAAGAAGCUCUACUGGCCUCCAAAAAAAAGGCAAAGGACAACAUUGACUUGCAAAUUAGCUGUCGAAGGAAAGAAACUAUGGAUCUAGGAAAUCUUGUAAAAAAGUUGCAAGAAACAACUGAGGCAGUUAACUUAUUACAUGAACAACUGAAAGGAGUACGUGCUGCAGAUAUGGAGCUGUUAAGGAAGUCAAACUCUGAACUUGAAGAGACCAAAAGAACACUUUCAGAAAUGAAGGAAGAAGAGACCUCUCUAAGAGGUGUGGUGGAGUCACUCAUACAAGAAACCGAGAAUGUAAGAAGGGAUAUCUCUGUGUCCAAGGAAGAGGAUUUACAAAGUGAGCAAUUACAAACUAAACUAGACAGAAUCAAACUGCAAGUCGAAGAGUCUUUAACAAAAGAAACUAUAGCAGGAAAUGAUGUCCAUGAACUAGAAUUGAAGAUAUGUGAAAUGUCAUUGGAAGCUGAAAGGGCAAGACAUCAAGAAGAGGAAGUGAAAAGACAAAUGGAAACACAUUGGAGGGAAGCUCAACGUUCAGAGCUGGCUAUUAAAGCAGCAGAGGCGAGGUUGGAGAUUGCACAAAGAGAGGUUGAAGAAGCAGAAGCGUCAAAGGAGCUUGCGGAUGAUCAAAUCCGUAAACGGUCUUCAGCUUCCACAACAGAUCACAUGAUGGAUUCAAAUAAUGAUAAUACUGUCAUCUUGACAUCAAACGAUUUUGAAACUUUGAGCAAAAAAGCUGAGGAAGCAACAAUUGCAGCUGAUACAAAAGUGGAAGCUAUUAUGUCUCAGCUGGAAACAAUAAAACAGAAGGAGAGAGGAAUCCUUGAGAAGCUCGAGAAAAGCAUGGAAGAAAACAAGGAAAUAGAAUCCAAAAUUACCAAGGCUCAGAAAACCGCUGAGGAGGCUGAUGCAGCAAGGCUGAGAGUAGAAAUUGAACUCAAUAAAACCAAAGGACGUUAGAGCAUGUUCAUUAAUUAAGCAAACAUCAUUUUAGAACCAAAGAACACAACUAAUAUUUGUUGAUCAUGUUUUCAUAUUCUUCUUUUUUUUAGUGAAAAGUGAAACUACAU